AUGACAACUGGUGUCAUCUGCAGGAGCGGCAACGUGGCGGCGCUGCAGGAGCUGCUGUCGCACAAGAAGACGCGGGUGAGCGCGCAGACGGCGUGCGGCCGCACGGCGCUGCACUGGGCUGUGCUGGGCUUCCGCGACGCGCCCGCAGACAAGAAGCUGGCGGUGCGGCUGGAGGCGUGCGUCGCCGCCCUCGUCGACUGCCCACUGUUCGACGUUAACCGCGCCGACGACGAAGGCUUCACCGCUCUGCACCUAGCAGCGCUCUACGCACUGCCUCGCGCAGCUGCCGCCAUAAUCGACAGCUGCAGGCGAUCGCGGCGGAGCCUGCAGGUGGACAACUACUUUGGCGGUAAGCAGACUGCCCGCCAGGCUGUGCUGGCGUCGCUGCCGCAGCUGAGUGGCCGGUUGCCGCGACCCGCGGAUGGCGGCGCUCAGACGGUGCACGUGCGGCUGCUGCGCGCCAUGGACGACCGCGACCCGCUGCGCUACGAGCACAUCAUGGACGCCGCCGCCGACAAGGAGGGCUUCGACCCAGACGUCUGGAUCGAGCAGCCAUUCAACACGCGCCUUCUGCACCACGCCUGCCAACUUGCGGAACGCACUCAGUCUAGUCGUCCCCAGAAAGAGGAGCCAGUGGGUUGGCUGGGAGAAGAGAACAGCACUGGGCUCCCGCCGCUGGUGGCGGCGCUCUUCGCGAAGGAUUUCGGGGCCUUCUGCAGUCUGCUGCAGAGUCGCGAUGUACGGCCCAACGAGCAGUAUGAAGCUGUUGGGGGCUGCACGUGCCUGGAGCUGGCCUGCCGGCACCCCGACGUACCAGUGUGCUUUGUGCGGCAGCUGCUCGACAGCGGCGCCAGGCCCAACGUCGACAGCCCUGUGCCACAGCCAGUACACUUUGCUGCCAGGUGGGCCAAUCCGGGCGUACUGGCGGCGCUGCUGUCGCAUCCGGAGACGCGCGUCAACGCGACGGACGCCGGGGGGCGGACGGCUCUGCACGGCGCGGUGCUGAAGCUGGUGGGACAGGCACCUGGAGAGGUGGCGGACGCACUGGAGCGCUGCGUGCAGCUGCUCGCGCGCUGCCCGCGGCUCGACGUCAACUGCGGCGACGCGCUCGGCUUCUCCGCGCUGCACCUCGCGGCGCAGAAGCGCAGCCGCCGCGCCGUCGCCGUCCUCGUCAACAAGUGCAGGUCCGCGCACCGCGAUCUGGACGUGGACAACGCGGUGGUGGGCGGGCGCACGGCGCGCCAGGCAGUGGCCGCCGACCUGCCGGACCUGGCGUGGGAGCUGCCGCCCCCGCACGGCGAGCGCGACGCCUGGUCGGACGCCGACCGCCAGCUGGCGCCCAGGGGCGCGGCCGGCGCCGACGCGUCGCAGCUCGCCCUGCGCUUCGCCUCCGUCACGCUCGAGUUCGGCGCUGAUCCGACGGCCGCCAACCUGCUCGACAGCAGGACGGCGCUCCACGUGGUUGCUGCAACAGGCAACUCUGCGAUAGCAGAGCUUCUGCUCUCCCACCCUCCGCAGAGCUUUCCGGUGGGGAAAAGAGCGGGUAAGUUUAAAUCUAGGACAGAAGAAAAGACGUUAAUAAACAUGAGAGAUCGAGACGGAAACACCGCACUGCACUUGGCAGCUCGAUGCGCUACGUCGGGAGACAAGUUGGACUGCCUGCGAAUACUUCUGGCCGCCAAAGAUGUCGCCCCGUGGCUGCACAACUCACAGGGCGAAACAGCCGUAGACGUCUCUGGGUGCGCAGCAGCCGAAAACCUCAUACAGAAACACGCCAACAGUGCACGUCCCGAGUGGCGACACACGCACUACUCUGACGACGUGCGUAACCUCUUCGAGAUGAUCAUUAACAAUAAAUUUUCAGAACUGAUCGACGAGCUGGAGCAGAAUAACGCUUGGCACCUCGCUUGUACAGACUAUUGCGGAUACACAUUACUGCAGUAUGCGGCAGAGAAAGGACUUUACGAAGUUGCCGAAGCACUGCUGAAAAAAGUUAAUCUCAGUAUGAGUUACGACGCAAACGGAAGAACGCCACUUAUGCUUGCCUGCGUACAAAAUGAUUGUAAGAUGGUCCGACUUUUAUUAGAGGCAGACGGCAUAGGAAGCAGCAAUGUCAAUGCAUUCGAUUCUAAGAACAACACUGCACUUCAUUUUGCUGCCGAGAAUGGAGAUCUGGAAAUCGUUCUGAUCCUGUUGAGGCACGGUGCCGAUGUAUGCGCGAGAAACAAAACGGGGAAGUAUCCGUUUUCAGCAGAGCAGCUAGAAGCUAUACUGGAUAAAAAUCUCUACACUAAAGGAAAUCGCUUACCUUCUCACAGGAAUUACGUUGUAGUUUUCAAUUACCGCCUUUUGGUACGUCACAGGCAGUGUUCUCCCCCUACCGCAAACCUCAGUUCGAUAUUUCGAAGGCCCUGUAAAAUUGGCAAAGCACGACGUGGCGUGCAAACGGCAACAGGUCUACAAUCCGAAUAUUCAGAAAUGUACUUCCUAAACUGUCUGAUCAAUUCGAAACAGCAUACAAGAUUACUGCACCAUCCUGUUAUUUCAAGCUUUUUGAAACUGAAAUAUGAUCGUGCAAGGUGGCUUCUGCAUCUUAAUCUCUUCCUCUCUAUGAUAUUUGCCAUCUUGAUCAACACCUUCAUUGGUGUACAUAUCAGUAACAGAGACAGUGACGAUGAAACUGUAACCGAAUUUUCUCUGCGUGUGGUUGUAAUUAUAUUGGCAGUAAUUAUGUCAGUCAGAGUACUGCUCCAAUAUCUUCUCAGCCCACUGCCGUGCUACAAGAACCUAGAGAACGCUGUUGCCUUUCUGGUCAUUGUUUUCACAGGACUCGUUCUAUUUGGCUCACUUGGCUCGUGGUCCGAUGCUGCGCUCACCGGCUCCGUUCUCUCUUCCUGGUUACAUCUCUUCGUGCUAACAGGUCGCCACCAUUUGUUUUCCAAGAAUUUUGAAAUGUUCAAAACGGUCUCCGCAAAUUAUUUACGCCUUCUCGGAUCGUACAUCUUCGUACUCUUCGCAUUCGCCUUUAGCUUUUACAUUAUCUUUUCUCACGUCCCCAUUUCGAAUAGGAAUUCCUCAAUCCAGUUUCCAGAAAAUAUUUCGGAACGUGUAGUCAACCAACCGGCUCACGAAAACUCGAGCGAGUGUGCCGAAAACAACUUCUUUGAAAGCCCAACGAGAGCGUUAUUCAAAACGGUCAUUAUGAUGACCGGUGAAUACGAUGCUGGUGAUUUGCCCUUUAGAUCGAAUUUUUGGACAGGCGCUAUAGUGUUCCUUCUCUUUCUGUUCUUACUGCCUGUGGUGCUACUAAAUUUACUCACCGCACUCGCCAUAUCGGAUGAGCAACGAAUAAGAAGUAUGGCAGACACUUUGAAACUAGUCAUUCAAGUGAAAUUUUUGUGGGAGACAGAAGGGAUGGCCAUGAACGCGCACGGUCUCCUUAAACACUGGGGCUAUAGUAGACUUGCUGAACAUCUUGAAACGCUUUGGGUUUUUCACAGAGUGCCUGCAAAUGAUGCCUACAUAGAAGUAUGGCCGAACAGGGUAGGAGGGAUCCGCGUUUCAGGAACUCAUGACUUGUCUCAUAAACUUAAGCCACGCAUUGUGCAGAAUGCGAUAAACAUCGUGAAAAACCGAACAGUGUCGUCUGCAGAGCCCAGUGAUAAGCAGCGUAUCCUUUCUGAAAUAUUGAAGCGGCUUGAAUCGUUGGACGAUAAAUUCCAGAAACUAACUGUCGACUUGGAAGCAAGCCUAACGGCAACAACGCGAGAGCAGCAACCCGAUGAAUCGCUUCUUGCAUUGCCAAUACAGUGACUUCAGGCAAGAGGGCAUAAGAAGGUCCCUGACAGCUCGCGGCUCUGUAGCCAACGGCUGUAAGCGAAAACAAUAGUCAUCUAUACGGCUUUGGCGACGCUGUGUCGUUGCUAUAGAGAUGUUUACAAAAUCGCGUUACGUUGUCGGUUGAGAUAGGCGCGCGAAGCUCCGCGCCCAGCUCAUUGCAACUGUCAGAAAUCAACUUAGACCGACUUAAUUAUAGCUGAAGAGAUUGAGGGCUGCCUUCGGCAUUGCUUUUAUUUGCUGACAAUCGUUGUCAUUCUGUAAGUUGCCAUGCCAACAAACUUCCAUGUUGUUAUUAAAAUGUUGAUACAAGUAAGCCACAAUCUCUUGUGACUAGAGAUAAGAAAAAAUAGUUUUAUUUUGUGGCAAAAUUCAGCGUCAUUUUUGUCACAUUCAGUUAUACUUUUUGUCUAAUUUGAUAUUAUUUUAGCCAAACUCGGUGCUAUCUUUUGCCAAGUUCGAUGUUACUUCUAUGCCAAAUUCGGUGUUACUUUGUGCCAAAUUCGUUGCUACGUUUUUGCGAAAUUAGAUGUUGCUUUUUUUUCAAAAUUCUGUGUAACAUUUAAGACAUAUUAGGUGUCGUAUUUUUGCCAAAUUCUGUUUUCUAUAUUUUGCUAAAUUUGUUGUUUUUUCGCCAAAUUCGUAGUUAUUUUUGUCCACAUUCGGUGCAAUGCUUUGGCCAAAUUCGGUGUUAUUUCUUACUAAAUUCGCUGUUAUAUUUUUGCCAAAUUUGGUUUUGUUUAUUUUGCUAGUUUAGUUCUUUAUUUUGCAAAUUAAUUUUUGGCCAAAUUCGGUGCUAUUUUUUGGCCGAAUUCGGUGCUAUUCUUGCUAAAUUCGGGGUUAUAUUUUUGCCAAAUUCGGUGUUGUUUAUAUUGCCGAAUACGGAGCUAUUUUUAGGCCACAUUGUGUGCUAUUUUUUGGUCAAAUCCAGUGUUAUUUCUUGCCAAAUUCGGUGUUAUUUUUUGCCAAAUUUGGCGAUUUUUAUUAUCCUUUUUACCAAAUUCUGUGUUCUUUUCUGCCACAUUCGACGUUUUUAGCGAAACUCUUUUCAUUUUUUGCUAAUUUCGGAUUAAUUUUUAUGUCAAAUUCGAUGUUACUUUUAUGCCAAUUUCGGAGUUUUUUGUGCCAAAUUCUUUGUUACUUUUCUGCAAAACUUCACGUUACUUUUUUGCCAAAUUCGGUGUCAUAUUCUUGCCAAAUCCGGAAUUAUAUUUUCACCAAAUUUUGUUUAUUUUGCUAAAUUCCCUUUUUUUGAUGUUUGUUUCACCAAAUUCGGUGUUUUCAGAUAUGACAUUGUUUUUACCAAAUUUUGUUUUUCUGCUAAAUUUCAUGUUAUUUUUACUAAUUUCGGUGAUAAUUUCGUCGUCACAUCAGAGAUCGUUAUGCGGCAAAUGGACUCUCAGUUUAAUAGUGUAAACGGAAUUCAGCAGUUUUAACAAUCAAUAACUAUCACUUCGAAUAUUAGGAAACUGCCGCUCUCAGAUUUAUAACAUUUCUAUGUGGCUAAAUUAUAAAUUUCACGAUGUCUCUAUAAGUCGACAAUUUCGAAUUGUGUAGCCAAAAACCACUGAUUUCGCGUUAUUUUUUGCGUUAUCGUUUUCUCGGAAUUUUCCUGUCGCUGCUUAUGACCAAAUACAGGGCACUUCGAUGCAUCUUUUCUGUCCGCCGAACAGUGGCAGUAGGCUCUAUUAAUCUACUUACAGAACUUAAGCAGUUGCCGUUAGUGUUCUGAAGUAGUUGUAAUAACAGUACGUAAUAGAUAUCCACUGUCACUGGAGGAUGAUGGUGUAGGAGAGUGACCCAGUUUAUAGAUUUCCAGUACUGACUGAAUGACUCUCACUGUACAGUGAUAGUCCCUUGAAUACUUCAGACAGAGAACAUUUGAAAAUACCCAAACACUUUGCAGCGAAUUCAUGGUCAUGUUGGGCUCCAAUUUACACAAGCAGCUGACAGGGACCUCUGUUGACAAUAAGUUCACUUGUUACAGAUUAUAUCAGUUUGCUUCAGGCCUCUCUUGAAAAUGAUUUUGUUGCGAAUAUGAAAUCUUGCAAAUGGCCAGGCCUUCCUAUGAACAGCUCCAUGUGUCUGACAUGGGCUCGUCAUCGAAGCUGUUGCUGAUUUAGCAAGAUAUAAAUACCAGGCACACCUGAUCACUGUAUAGCACUUUUGUUCAGGACUUCGCCCCUCCGUAAUAUCUGGAGAAUCACAAUAUACUCGAGUCUCAGUUUUUCUGUUACCAAUCCGUUUCCCCAAAUACUUGUCCAUUGCCUUAACAGCUGCUACUUCCAUAGCUAGUGGUGUUCCAGUGGAGAAGGUAUAUUCUCUUUUGUUUCCGGUUUAAGAAGCAAUAAAAUAAAAAUUUAUACGAUUACUCAAACUCUUCUUGGACAAAACUCAUUCUGUUUUGUGCAUCAUUGUUUAACAUACAAAGAUCGCCUUUUUCUUCAAAUUAGCUGAUAAAAAAGUUGGUUUAACGGACAUGACAAACUAUGCAGAACAAAACUUGUGCUGCAAAACAUCAUUUACUGAGGUCCACGGUCUAGCCUGUAUUGAAUGUGGGCAAGAGUCAUAACGACUUUGUCUCUGAGACUGUCUACUGGAAUUUUGCACUCACAUAGUCACAGUCGGAAAAGGUCCAUCUAUAGUGUGAUACUUCGUGAUUGAGUUGUUUGUAGAUAGGAUGGUUAUUAAAAGUUGAGUCUUUUACUACAUUAUGAAUCAAUAGCGAAUGUCGUCGCAAUUGUUCAGAUAACACUGCCAUGCGCGUGUAAGAAGAGACACGUAGCUAAACCCAAAACAAGAAAAGAUUACUUCAUGAGCAGACGCUAAGGUAUUUGAUUAUAAGAGAAAAGUAAUUAAUUUCCUAAAGGAAAUCAUAGUUUUCUUGUGACAAAACGUAUAGUCAAUGUUCCUUUGUAUUUAGCAGUUUUACUUAAUUACUUUUACCUCAUAUCGUACCUUAUGGACAAAUGUUUGUUUGUUUCUUGUCGUUGCACCUUUUGUACCAAGUUUUGUAUGAUCUAUUUUGUAACUGUCAAUGGAAGAUCCCUAAUUGCUUACAAGUGUAACAAAUAUAAAAAAAAAAUCAUAUCUGGCAGCAUGGCGGUUGCAUAAAUUUUGUACACUUAUUAAGUAUCCAUAACGAUCACAUAUCCUAAUUGAAUUUCAUGGAAAAAUGCAGACUAAUAAAAGCUUUGCAUCAGUUGUCAGUAAUGAAAUUCAUGAUCCUGUAAAUAAUCAAAAUAUUCAAUAGUUGACUUCUCAUACCAGGAAAGCAGUGGUGGCUAGAAAGUGGCAUUAUUAUCAUAAGAAAAGAACAGGCAAACAUAUCAUACAAUAGCUUUUACGCAAACUUAAUUGCUGGCUCUAUUAAUAAUUCUGAAAUUGUGAGAUCCCAAAUAAACACAUGCCUACAACAAUACUCUAUACAUAAGGCAAUGUCCCGACUUACCGACACACUCACUCACCGACUCAUCAUCGCCAGACCAAGCCACUAACGACAGAAACUUGCUAUUUGCAGAGGGUGUUGAUCUUAUUCUGUAGGCGUCGUCUACGAAGGAAUUUUUCCAAAUUCCGCCCCAAGGGGUGCAAUGGGUUAUUAUGCCAUUAUCAAGGCAAUUUUGAAGCUACACUUACGAAAAUCGGUAUAUGGUUUCUCAGUCAGACAUAAAUAAAAAUGUGUUUCAGCAGUUUUUGGAAUUUAACCUUUAUGGAAGUAAAA